AUGAAUUAACAAAUACAUUUCAAAUUCAUACUGCAAUAUCUGGAGUUUAGCUCGAAAUUCGAUCAACAACAAUACGAAUUAUCAAUCAUGUUAAAGAGAGGAACACUUGCUGCAUAAACUAUUAUAAGCAAAAUGCAAAUAAGAAAUCCUGAACGAACUUCUAAUAUGUGUAGAUUGCCAAUCGAUCAAAUUGCAGAAUUUCAGUAGAAGAUGGUCAACAAAGAUGGAGUCUAUGUGGACUACAAUAUUAAAUUCUUGUUUUAUUUGGGAGGCAACUAACUUGGAGAUUGUAUAAUCAAUUUGGCAUACUUCCUCAAUGGCGAAAUAGAUUCAGAUUAAAAAGUCAAAAAGCCAUUAACAUCUACAACAGACAAACGAGCUGCUUUAUUGUUUCGAGUCAUGAGAGCCCCCUUUUAGUCCUAAUUUGAAACUUAAGAAUAUCCCCAAGCCAAUGUACCAAUGCCAGCACCAACACAUACUCCAAUUUCUCAGUAAGUCCCAUAGACUGCUAGAAAUUCUAGUAGUCGUAAAAUGGAAUUGCAAACCAGAACAACCAGAGCAAGGAGUCAAUCUCCUCCUAAAGAAUUCAAGAGUGCGGUUCAAAUUUCUAAAGCAGAAGAAUAACCUUCAUAAAUUAAAUAGCCAUCAGAUAAUCUCACUCAAAAAUUCUUGUAACUUGGCGAGAAGUUCUCAUAAGAAAAACUAUAGCAAGUUGCUCCUAUUAAUGAAGAUAAUGAUAAUUUCAGAGAAAUCACUGAAAUGCUUACUCAAUAAGAAGAAGAGUUGUAGAAGCAGAUUGAGCAAUUAGACAAUCAUAUUAAAAUCGAUUCUAAAUUUAGGAAAACAAAUUUUGAUAAUAAUAAUAACACUGCCAAUUUUUCAAACGCAAACAGCAAUAAUUAAGAACUCUAAUUUUUUAAGCAAAAAUACAAUGAACUUGAUGAUAAAUACAAUAAAGCAUAAGAAGAAAACUAGCAUUUGAAGAGAAUUAUAAGAUAAAGUGGUGAGUAAUUGAAGAAACAAAACCAACUCUCACAGUCAGGAUACAAAUAACUCGCUGACAGUGGUCUAAAUCAAUCUACAGUCUCUAAUUAGGAGUAAUUUGAAAGAACCAUUGAAAAAAAAAAUCAGAUCAUCAAAGAUUUAUCAAAUUAAUUAUUAGAAUUAGAAAAAAAUUCUAAUGCUGCUGUCAUUGAACAAUUACGCAACUAAAUUACUAGAAUAGAAUAACAAACAAUAGAAAAAGAGGAAUAAUGGCAGCUCUAAGAAAAAAUAUAUAAAGAAAAGAUUUUUCAAUUGUUCUAAAACACAGAAUGA